AGUGGUAGGAUCCCACUCAUGAUGCAAUCCAUAUAUUCCAUUCAACUGAACCUGCUUGGAAACUCAGCGCUUCCAAAACCACUUGGAUAAAUAAAAUAACAACCUCACUCUUUCCUCUUCACUUCAAAAUCAGCUAUACUUUAAAACUGAGAACAGAAAAACAACACUGAGAAAAGUGAAAGCGAUCAUGAGCUGCGAAAUUUUCUCAAUUCCACCGGAAUACCGAUUCCGUCCCACCAAAAAGGAGCUGCUGUGUGACCACUUGGAGAAGAAGAAUCAGUGCAAGGACUCCCAAAGCAUGUCCAUCAUCCCUGUAAUCGAUCUGUGCAAGCACGAGCCUCGUGAGCUACCAGGUGAUCCAUCUCCGGAACCAGAACACCAUCAAUUUCAAUUAUUAUUAGUGAUCCAGUCAUGUGUAUUGUGUUGCGUUUUUGCAGGACUGGCGUUCACAGGGCAGGAAAAUCUGGGGAGGAAACUUUUCUUCUUUUUCUUCUUUUGGUUUACAAGGGCAGAGUCUUGGGAUAGUCAGGGCAAGUGGUACUUCUUCGCUCCGCGUGAUUACAAGUACCCUAACAGCAGUACUCGCUCCAACAGGACUACAGGGGAAGGGUCCUGGAAGGUCACAGGCAAGGACAAAGACAUCAAGGCCCCGGGCUCCGAAGCUGUCAUUGGGAGAAAGAGGAUCUUGACCUUCCAAAAACGUGGAGUGCCGAAAUCCCACAAGAGCGGCUGGGUUAUUCAUGAGUAUUAUCACAUUCAGCCCCAUUCUGACCCUUCUAAGCAGAUAGGGGACUUUGUUGUCUGUUGCUUGAAGUAUAAGUCAGACAACUCUGAUCAUGAUGAGGAUGCACCAUUCUGCAAUCGAGGUAGCGGUAGCGGUAGCUGCAGUAUGGUUUCCGAUGUUGCAAAUCAGCUUGUUGAAGAAAAUUUGGCGUCCAAUGAGCAGUUUAAUGGCACUAAUAAUGAAGCUGAAACUGGUGGCGGUACGAUUACUGAAGCAGAAGAAUACCUGGCAUAUAAGAAGCUGAGAGAUGAGCUUCGGAUUCCCAUCGGAAAUCAGAAUGAAUUCCAAGGCUCGCAGACUGAUCCUUGUAAUCUUUGGACCUCUGUUGAAGGUCAAGCUGAUAGAAGCAAUUCGUCUCAUCAUAUGACUGAAGAGCGACUGGAUGAUCCAGAAAAUAUGGAUUCAUUCUUUCGUACACCUGCGCCCCCUCAACUGCAUCAGCUACAUCAAUCACCGAUGAAUACCACCAAUGUCCAUAAUGAUGAAUGCUGUAAGAGGAAAUAUCCAUUUGAAGAUAAUGACUCUUCUCUUACGAAGAAGAACAAUAUUUCAAGCAAUGAUGGUGAUGAACUAGUCAGCAACACCACAUCUAAUUUUGAAAACCAAGCUGCAGAUGUGAUCCUAGAGGGUGACACUGUUAUCUGUCGCUUGAAGAAUAAAUCAGAUAAGAAGGAUUCUCUCGUAAGUGAUGAAGGGGAACCGGAUAGCACGGGUGUGUCUAAUUGGAAAAUUCAGGCGGCUCAGGCACUCAAAAAUGAUGAACCACUUUUUCAUCAACCUCAGCCUCUGGAUGACUGCUGCUCCUCAGCAGUGUGGACAUCCUUAGAGCUGGAAGCUGUUCUGCAAGCCAUUGGCACUAAUGAUGAUUGUAAUAAGUUGCAAUCACCAUGUGGAGAUAAUACUUCUUGUCUAGAAGACAAGAAUGAAGUUUCAACCUGUGAUGAAGAUGAGAAUAUGGAUGGUGUGUUUCCACAGCUAUGUGACCCACCAGAAGUAAAUCAAGAUUCACUUUUGCGUCCACUUCAGCCACAAGAUUAUUGCCCCUCCAUACCGCAGUCACCAAUAUACACAAAACUGGGAAAUGUUUCAGACGCCAAUCUCUGUUUUAGUGAAUGCAAUGAUUGGCAAUCUGCAUUUAAGAAAAAAAAUUCAACCGAUGAAGUUGACAUACCAGUUAGACAUAUCAUGUCUAAUUUUCAACAUCAAGCUAUAGAUUCUAGGAUUCUGGAGGUGCAUCGCCAAACCAAAGAAAAUUAAUAUGGAGUCAGCGUUUUAUCCAUUUCAGCCACAAAAUUCAGCUCUGCAGUCAAUGAUGUACACAAUACAUGGAGAUGCUCUGCAUAAUAUUGAAUGCAAUGAGUUGCAAUCUUACUCUUCUGAUCAAACCUACCGAAGUCAUUGGGAAGGGUCUACCAUAGAGAUAGUGGAGUAAGCAGCUAUGAUACAAACACUGAAGUAGCCCAUGGAUGGGAACAACAUACAUUUGCAUUAGUUAUUGGAAACCCUCCAAUGUAGCUAAUGAACUACAAGAGGUCUGAUAUUAUCGUCCAUGGGUACGGCAAUCUUCCAAGUAACAUGAACUUUUUUAGCGUAUUGAUGGUUUGCUCUCCCUACUCAAAUUGUUCCGUAAGUGGUCACGGACCUCAUGAAGAGAAAUGUCACUAAAUUAAUAGCUAGUUGGGUUAUGAUUGUAGUAGUAGUUAUAGUUACUGAAAUGUAAUAAUUGGUUUGGUUGAUAGAGUAGUAGUUACAAAUGUGUGUGAUUGUUGUUGUUUGGAACCUUGUAAGUAAUUUAUCAAGCUUAAUGGAAUCUUGUGUAUCAU